CAAUGCAAUACGUGGAUGCGGUUUUCAGCAGAUGUCCAUCAAGCACUGAAGACGGUCUCUCCGGCUGACGGUCUGUCUCUGUCAGCAUCCAGAAAAACCUGUGGCCUUGGUUCCUCUCAGGACUUCCACAUAUCAAGGCAGCAGCAGCAGCUAGCACUAGCAAGCAAUCUACUACAGUCCAGCAGCACCAUCCAAUUAGCUCAUCAUCCCCAAGCGAAACCGAUGGAUCCAAUCACGAGGCCAGUAGCUUCAUCAUCGUUUCAUCGGUCAGCCGCGAAGCAUCUCCAUCGAGCCGUCACCUCGGCUCAGAGGAAUGGAGUUAGCAGGAGGUGCCUUCUGACGCUGCUGACAUCCACCGCAGCCAUACCUCCAGGCGGCAGUGAAUCCAGGAAGGCUCUACUGCAAGAGUAUCUGAAGAAAUCAGAGGAGAACAAAGAGAAGAAUGACAAGGAGAGGCUGGAUGACUACUACAAGAGGAAUUACAAGGACUACUUCGGGCUCAUCGAGGGCCCGGCCAGAGAGAAGAAAGAAGAGGAGCGCACGGAGUCAGAGAAACGGAUCCUCGAGUGGCUUGACAAGAACAAGUAGUCUAUGAGCGGGAUCGAAUGAUCGAUCAUGGAGGGCCGCAAGGGGUGAAAUUCUCACGGGAUUCUUCAUCAUGUUCUCGCUUUAGGCCUUGUUUGGAUGUAGUUGGAUUCGCAUCAAUCCAUAUGUGUUGGGUGGAUUGCAGUGAAACUUGAACUAAAUUUCACCCCAAUUCACUUCAAAGAUUGAGAUAAAUCCGACAACAUCCAAAUAAGACCUUAGCUUUGGCUGAGCAUCGUGUUUGUGUUUCAGUUACAGCCAGCGAGUGAGCGAGCAAACAUGUUUAGAAAUUUUUAAAUAUAUAAUGUCCGACUCUCUGUGCACAAAUAGAAAACAAAACAGAACUAGAAGAUUCACCGAUUGCUGUUGCCUAGUCUGCAAUGCAUAGUCUGAUAUGAAUACUUCU